AUGCAGGAACAACCUACUACAGGUAAGGAUGAAGAGGACACCAAUAAUCAACCAGAGGAGCAAGAAGAUCAAGCAAAAUACGAAUCAAGUAAGGAUUCACCAUCAACAAAUCAGCACAGCACAAAACAUAUUCAGAAAAACCAAGUUGCAGUCAGUCAUCAUAGCAAGACCACAGGUAUUGACUUAAGUCUCCCAACACCCCAUGACCCCAAUAUUUUACAUGUGGAGCAUGCUGUGCAUGUUGUUGAAUUCUCUGGAGGGAUGGUUGGAGGGAUACAAGAGAAAAAAACUAACCUGCAGGAUGGGGUGACCAAAGGGAGGGAAUUGACUCAUGUUCUGCAUGAGGGGGAAUACACUGACCAAAUUAGAGACCAUAGAGCCCCUGCUACCCCUCAGAACAGGAAGAGCCAGACACAAAAUCAGUAUGCAGAGGAUCAGCAUAUACAGAGUACAGGCAAGGAAAAUCAAGAUGCAGAAAUCAGAUCUCAGGGACAUCUACAAGCAGGUACCACAGGGAAGCACAUUACUGGUAUUCCACAAGAGAAGGAAGGAAUAAAUUUUCAGAUUCCCCAGCACUCUAAGGUUCCAGGGGAACCACCUGAUAAGCCUCCUAACAAUAAAUCUCAAGCCAGGUUAAGCAAAAAAAGGAGAGAUGCUAUAAAAAAGAGAAAACAAAAAGAAUCUGAUCCAGUCAAGGAGCAACAGAGACAAAAGGAGGCGGAGGAGGAAUUUGAUGAAUAUGGGGUCAACAAUUCUGAGGAUGAAUAUGACCAAGACACACAGUCCAUUGAUGCUGAUGAGGAUGAAGAGGAGGAGAUCAGUAAUCAGUUAAUUAAGGCCUUUGGAUCCACAUUCCACACUGAAUAUCAAGAAGAGGUUCAAGAAGUCACCGGGAAACAAGGUCUAUCUCCUAGAGGAAGAAAAGAGACAAGACAAACCACUAAAUCUAACAGCGCAUCUGCUACAAUUAGCAGACCAAAUACUAGAGCUAAAAGCAGAGAUAGCUCGCAAAUCAAUAGCUAUAGAAUUCAGCUUAAUAUGGACAAGGCUCACAGUAAUCCUAAUGCUAAGAUUUGGCUUUUUUGGGCUGGAGAGUUGGAGUGUAAUGUUCUUGAUACUGAUGAGCAACACACUACCUGUGAACUGAAGCAUUUAGACUACCCAGAGAAAUUUAUUAUUUCUUAUGUAUAUGCUAAAUGCAAAGAUCAACUUAGGAGACCUUUGUGGGAUAAUUUGAUGCAAGUUUCUGAAACUAAUCUUCCUUGGUGCACGAUUGGAGACUUCAAUGUGAUUACUUCCACUCAAGAGAAACAAGGAGGCAGGGAAUACAACAUGAAUAAGAGCUUUGAGUUUAUUAGUGUCAUUGAGCCUUGUGGCUUGAUUGACAUUGGAUACAAUGGUCAACCAUUCACUUGGUGCAAUCAAAGAGCUGAGGAGGCUAGAAUUUGGAAGAGGCUUGAUAGGGCCAUGGUGAAUGAUAAAUGGCUUGAAAGUAUGCCCCAAACCACUAUUACUCAUCUGCCAUCAGUGGGGUCAGAUCAUUGUCCCCUGCUGUUGGAAAUGACUACGAGACAAGAUCAGGUUACAAGGUAUUUCAAAUUCCUUAACUGUUGGACAGAAAACCCUAACUUCUAUGCAACUGUUAAGGAAUGUUGGGAAAAGGAAGUGUCUGGUAAUCCCAUGUGGUCCUUACACACUAAAAUGAGGAGGCUAACUAACACUCUGAGUAAUUGGUCAAGGGUGGAAUAUGGGGAUAUAUUUGCAAAAGCUAAGGAGUAUGAAGAACAGGUCAGAGGUGCUGAAGAAACUCUCAUCACUGCUAAUACUGAAGAAAACAGGUCCAAGCUACAUAACAUCAAUGCCCAAUACAUUAGAUAUUUGAAGCUGGAACAGUCAAUCCUCAAACAGAAAACUCAGCUACAUUGGUUCAAGGAAGGGGAUGCAAAUACCAAGUAUUUUCAUGCACUUAUGAGGGGAAGAAGGAGGAGACUUUUCAUUCAUAAAAUCUCUAUAGAUGAAGGAGAUUGGAUACAAGGAGAUGAUAACAUUGCUAAAGAAGCGUGUCAAUACUUUCAGAACAUAUUCACUGGGCAUACUGCCAGAAUCAGUGAAGGUGUUCUGCAGUGCAUUCCCAGAAUGGUUACUCAAGAUCAGAACCAGGCCCUUGACAGUAUUCCAACCUUGGAUGAGUUGAAACAGGUAGUAAUGUCUAUGAAUCCUCAUUCAGCUCCAGGUCCUGAUGGAAUAAGAGGAAACUUCUACCAGUCUUGUUGGGAUAUUAUUAAAGAAGACUUACUGGCAGCAGUUCAAUCCUUUUUUACUGGACACAUUAUGCCUAAAUUCAUGACUCAUGCGUGUUUGGUUCUCCUCCCUAAAGUGGACCAUCCAAACAAGCUUAAUGAGUUUAGACCUAUCAGCCUCAGCAACUUCUCCAACAAAAUUAUUUCCAAAAUUCUAAGCACCAGACUUGCUCCUAUCCUCCCUAGCCUAAUUUCAGAAAACCAAUCUGGUUUUGUUAGGGGAAGGAACAUAUCUGAAAACAUCAUGCUGGCCCAAGAAAUCAUCCAUGGCAUUAAAAAACCCAAAGAAGGUGAUAACGUAGUGAUCAAGCUUGACAUGGCAAAAGCCUAUGACAGAGUGUCUUGGUCCUAUACUUGCUUGGUCUUGAGGAAAAUGGGGUUUGGAGAGCUCUUCAUUGACAGGGUCUGGAGAAUUAUGAGUAACAAUUGGUACUCUGUGAUCAUUAAUGGCAAAAGGCAUGGCUUCUUCCACUCCACAAGGGGUCUCAAACAAGGUGAUCCCCUCUCCCCAGCCCUAUUUAUUUUAGGAGCUGAGGUAUUAUCCAGAAUGCUGAAUCUCCUUCAUCAGAAUCAAAUGUAUAAGGGGUUCCAGAUGGAGCUCAGAGGCCCUCAAAUCAACCAUUUAAGUUUUGCUGAUGAUAUUAUCAUAUUCACGGCUGGAACCAGGCAGUCUGUGCAGCUUAUUAUGAAGACAAUCUCGACUUAUGAGGCAGUUUCUGAUCAACUCCUAAACAAGUCCAAAAGUCAUUUUAUGGUCCCUUCAAAUACCAGUUCUGAUAUCAUUGCUGGGAUACAGGAGAUCACUGGGUUCAGCAGGAAAGAGAGUCCCAUUAAUUACCUAGGGUGCCCCCUAUACAUUGGUGGACAAAGAAUCAUAUAUUAUUCUGACCUGGUGGACAAAGUGGUCAAGAAAAUCAGUGGUUGGCAUUCCAGAAUUCUUAACUUUGGAGGUAGAGUCACUUUAGUGAAACAUGUUCUGCAAUCUAUUCCUAUUCACACUAUGGCUGCUAUAUCUCCUCCAAAAACUACUAUCAAAUAUCUGAAGAACAUCAGAGCUGAUUUUUUCUGGGGAAUGGACAAAGAAAGGAAAAAGUACCAUUGGGCCUCAUGGGAAACUCUCAGCUAUCCUUGUGAUGAAGGGGCUAAAUACUGUCAAAGAGCCAACCCAGUGGCUAAGAAAUGGGAUACGGGCCAGUCUUUGGUUUGGAAAUAUCUCCUUAAAAACAAACCCAGUGUGGAGCCCUACAUUACCUGGAAAAUACACUCAGGAAGCUCUUCCUUUUGGUGGGAUAACUGGCUUGGAAAUGGACCUUUGGCUGAUCACAUGGACAAUAUUUCUAGUUUAAACAAUCUCCAAGUCUCUUAUUUUAUUGAAGAAGGACAAUGGAAGGAAACAUUAGUGAGACAACAUGCUCCUCCUCUCAUUGUUCCUAUCAUUCUUAAUAUUCAUAUUCAACAUCAGGGAGAAACUCCUGAUGAAGCAAUCUGGACUCCAGCAGACAGUGGCCAAUUCUCUAUAUCAUCUGCAUGGGAAAUUAUCAGAAAAAAACAGGCCAAGGAUCUAAUCAACACUAUCAUUUGGCAUAAAAAUGUCCCAUUCAAAGUGUCUUUCUUUAUUUGGAGAGCUUUGAGAAGCAAGUUGCCAACCAACGAAAAGCUCGCCAGUUUUGGAAUCGAGCCAGUCAACUGCUACUGCUGUCACAGACCUGGGAGAGAUGAUAUUGAUCACAUCCUUGUGUCUGGAAAUUUUGCUAACCACAUCUGGAAAGUCCAUACAGCACUUCUGGGAAUUGAACACUCAUACACCACUUUGAGAUGCCUACUGAUGAAAUGGAAAAGUAGCCAACACAGCAGCGAGGUUCACAAACUAUUACAUCAAGCACUCCCUAUCCUUAUUUGCUGGAAUCUGUGGAAAAACAGGUGCUCCGCUAAAUAUGGAGGCAAGCAAUCCAGCAUUGGUAGAGUCAAGUAUCUCAUAUUCAAAGAUAUUAUGCAAUUAUUUAUCACGGUAUUCCCAUACUUACAAUGGCCCAGCAAUUGGAAGGACGUGAUCAGUAUGAUCGAGAACUGCAGGCAUGAGCUUAAGGUAAUUCCAGUCGGCUGGGACAAACCUAUUAUGGGAUUGUACAAGCUGAAUACAGAUGGUAGUGCUCUUACCAAUCCAGGAAAGAUUGGGGGAGGAGGAAUUCUAAGAGAUGGACAAGGCAACUUAGUUUAUGCAUAUGCUAUACCUCUUGGAUUUGGUACCAGCAACAAAGCAGAGAUACAGGCAGCUGCAUAUGGAGUCAAUUGGUGUGUGUAA